AUGUUGCUAGAUUGGUCUGGGCGUUUAGAAAAGGCUCAUGGUGUUUUUGAGAAAUUUGCGCUCUGGGUAGGUUUUUCACUAUAUCCUACAUUUAGGGAGCUUUUGGCAGCUUUUCUUACAUAG